AUUGCAGAUGCCUGGCGAGGACUCGCCAAAUUUGCGGCAGGCCCAAGGUCGGCCGAGGUCUGGAAGCAGCCUGACGCUGCCUUGCUCAAUGCGGUUCCAACUGCUUUGCUGGCGCUGUUCACGGCGAUGUCUCGGUUAACCAUCAACCUGCUGCGCACGCACACACGCGAGCGCGCGCCGCAGGUUGAUGGAAGGCCGGGGCAAAUGACAGCAGGACGUUUGCUCGGCGGCUGGGUGGCUCUUCGCUCGUUAGCGCGUUCGCACUUUCUUCUCACCACGAGCUGCUGCCGGUUGACAAAAAAAAAAAGCAAAAGAAGUAUUUGGGCUGUCGGCACUUCUCCCCAAAUGCCACGACUUGUCCAAAAGCGUCAGUGAGGAUUUCAUGCGGGCUUCACUUUCAUUUGGCUGCGGUGCAUCACGUGGCCACAAGGCGUCAGUGAAGCUCCGGAAGCAACCCCGAAAGUGAUUUGGGAUUUGUCGCUCCCUCAAAUUUUCAGGUGAAAAUCGAUUGUGACUGUUUCUAUUCGAAUAUUUGUUUUAAAAAAAAACAGCCGCUUCUGUCGGUUUGCCUGCAAAACGACGGCGUGCAAUCGCUGAGGGCUCAGUCGUGUGCGAGUUGCAAAGUGAACGAUGAGGGCAGGGAGAGAAAGGUCUCCCACCCGAGAUGGAGAGGGGGUGGGGGGAGGGGGGGUGUAGACUCCUGCAAGAGGAAGGCUUCUCCCAAAUCCCGACAGCUCGGCCGCGGCGUGGACGUGCGAAACUGCCGGAGAUGAAGCUGGCGCGGUGCCUGCAGCUGGCCUGCCUGUGCGCGUGCGCGUUGCUCCCGACGUGCGCGGCCGACAUGUUUACGUCGCUGCUGGACGUCAGGCAGGCCAUCAUCGUGGAGAGGAAGCUCAUCGGACACUUGAGGACGUACAUCGACGAGGAGUGGGACAGGCUGCAAGAUGUCAGGCGGUUUUACGGCAAAGUGUGGCGCCUUCACAGCGAGCUGUACGGAGGCCCGUCGGACGGGCUGGCCAACCCGCUGCUGGCCUUCACGCUCAUCAAGCGGCUGCACGCCGACUGGCUCAACGUCGUCUACAGCCACGGAGCCCGAGACAACGCACAAGCCCUCAGGCGGAGUCUGGAGCAGGAAGCGGACAAGCUGCCCAAAGCGGAGGACGUGCGGGGGGCGGCCCGGGGCCUGAUGCGGCUGCAGGACGUGUACGCGCUGCACGUGUCCAGCCUGGCCGCCGGCCGCUUCCGUAGGGCCAGCGGAAGCGGCCGGCUGGCGGACGUCUACACGUCGGCCGUGGCCGCGCCGCUGUCUGGAGACGACUGCUUUCUGGUGGGGAAGGUGGCCUACGAUGAGGAGGACUACUACCACUCGGUGGCAUGGCUGCAGGAGUCGGUCGAGCGGUUCAGGAGCCCGGGAGGCGGCCGGAGCCCCGAGAACGAAGGCACGCUGGAGGACGCGCUGGACCACCUGGCCUUCUCUCAUUUUAAAACUGGAAACGUCUCCCGCGCGCUCAGCCUGUCACGGGAGCUGCUGCAUCACGAUCCGCUGAACAGAAGGGUUUUGCGCAACGUGGAGAAGUACGAGAAGCUGCUGGUGGCCGGGCCGCCCGCGUCGCCGGUCCGACCCGCCGCCAAGCAUGUCAAGACCAGGGACGCCUACGAGAGGCUGUGCCAGGCAGCCGGACCUCAAGCCCCGACGUUGAAAAGCGCUCCCUUGUUCUGUGACUAUUUCACUAACGGGAGCCCGGCACUGACGCUGCUGCCCGCCAAACGCGAAGUGCUGAGUCUGCGUCCUUUGGUGGUUCUCUUCCACCGCUUCGUCACCGACGACGAGGCUCAGCGCAUCAAGGACCUGGCGCGGACUCGAUUGCAAAGAUCCGUGGUGGCUUCUGGAGAGAAACAAGCGACGGUAGACUAUCGCAUCAGCAAGAGCGCGUGGCUGAAGGACUCGGCACACUCGGUGGUCGGCGAGCUGGACCGCAGGAUCGCCGCGGUUACGGGUCUCAACGUGACACACCCCUCUGGCGAGUACCUCCAAGUUGUCAAUUACGGCAUCGGAGGUCAUUACGAAGCUCACUUUGAUCACGCCACAUCGCCAUCCAGUCCCGUCUUUCGGCUGAACACCGGCAAUCGCGUGGCUACUUUCAUGAUUUAUCUCAGCUCUGUGGAAGCGGGCGGCUCCACGGCAUUCAUUUACGGCAACUUCAGCGUUCCCGUCGUGAAGAACUCUGCCAUCUUCUGGUGGAAUCUGCAUCGAAACGGCAGCGGCGACGAGGACACGCUGCACGCCGGCUGUCCCGUCCUCAUCGGCGACAAAUGGGUGGCCAAUAAGUGGAUCCACGAGUACGGCCAAGAGUUCCGACACGGCUGCAGCUUGAACCCUGAGGAGUGAGGCGCUGGGCGGGCUCUCCGGACUCAAACGAGCAAUUGCGAUUGUGAAGCGGCGGGGGAGGAGCCUGAGCCAGACUGACAAGUGCGAACACAGCAGAGAGAGAAGGCGCAUGAAGGUCCACUUCAGGGCUCUGGCCUCCAACAUUGCUUCCAGGGGACCUCUGGCGACCCGAUUGCUCGACUGGCCAGUUUGUGCAGCUGGACAGGAAGCAGACAACACCGUUGGUUUCACCUAAUCAUGUACGAGACGCUUCACCUGCAGCAAAAAGACGUCCAAACUGAUCUUGGCGGUGUCUCCGGGCAGCCAGCCAUGCCAAAGUUUGAUUUACAAGAUCAACACUGCACAGCUCACUGAGAUAGAGUCUUGUGCCUAAAUGUUCCAUGUUGCCAUA